CACUUGGAAUUUACUACCAGCUAAUGCCGUUUUGUUUUACCUUGAACGCUGGGCAUGUCUCCCUCACCGUCUGUUUGAAGCAUCAUUGAGAAGACUCUGGGGAGGAGUUUUUACAGUUGCUGCUGCUGUGCUGAACAAGUCUGCUCAGACACAGUAUCACUCAUGGAACGUGAAAUGGGCUGAAAAGUUUCUCCAGAGGUCUCCUGACUCACCUUCUGAUGCUCACUCUCUGGAGCUGGUGGGCUGGAGAUGGGCACAUCCAAACGCAUCUGAAGAGCUCUCUGGACUUUGAAGAGCUCUCUGUGUCAAGGAGAUAGAGAGAGAGGAUGCCUGAGCCUCCUCAUGGAAUGAGCUUGAGAACCAAGUCCCCUUACAUGGAGAUACAAGGGUGCUAACAUGACUUUUUCAGAUUUGACAAAUGACAGCAGUAUUGGGAAUCACUCAGAGAAUCAGAGUGUCUCUGCUCUGGGGUAUAAUGAGACUGAGGACUCCACAAAUGGCACCUCUUUGGCCGUGGCCCUGGACCUACAAGCCAUCAGUGUUGGUGUUGUCCUGGCUGUUUUCAUUCUGUUUGCCAUCGUGGGGAAUAUCAUGGUCAUUCUAUCUGUGGCAUGCAACAGGCAGCUCCAGACAGUCACCAAUUACUUUAUCAUCAACUUGGCCAUUGCAGACCUCCUGCUCAGCACCACCGUGCUCCCCUUCUCUGCUACCCUGGAGGUCCUGGGCUUCUGGGCUUUUGGAAGGAUUUUCUGCGACAUUUGGGCAGCUGUGGAUGUCCUAUGCUGCACUGCUUCCAUCAUGAGCUUGUGCAUCAUAUCCAUUGACAGGUAUGUAGGGGUAAAAUACUCCCUCAAGUACCCUACUAUAAUGACCGAGAAGAAGGCUGUGGUUAUUCUGCUUCUACUUUGGAUUUCCUCCAUGGUGAUUUCAAUUGGACCUCUCCUCGGGUGGAAGGAACCUCCACCUCCAGAUGACAGUAAGUGCAGUAUUACCGAAGAACCUGGAUACGCUCUAUUUUCCUCCCUCUUCUCCUUCUACUUACCUUUGUUGGUGAUCCUGGUCAUGUACUUCAGAGUCUACAUUGUGGCCAGGAGGACGACAAAGAGCCUGGAGGCUGGAGUAAAGAAGGAAAGAAACAAGUCCAUGGAAGUUGUCCUCAGGAUCCACUGCAGAAGUGUCUUAGAGGACUCCAGCUCCAGCGCAAGGAAUAAAGGAGGACAUAAUUUCAGGAGUUCUCUUUCUGUAAGGCUUCUCAAGUUCUCCAGGGAGAAGAAAGCUGCAAAGACACUGGCCAUCGUAGUAGGGGUAUUUAUCCUCUGCUGGUUGCCCUUCUUUCUGGUGUUACCAUUAGGGUCUUUCUUUCCUUUCUUGAAGCCUUCUGAUUCAGUCUUCAAGGUGAUCUUCUGGCUGGGAUACUUUAACAGCUGCGUAAAUCCUAUUAUAUACCCUUGUUCCAGCAAGGAAUUUAAAAGAGCAUUUAUCAGGCUGUUGAGAUGUCAGUGCAGGAGAAGAAGGCGACCUCUUUGGAGAGUUUACGGCCAUCAAUGGAGACCAUCUAUGACCAGCUCUGAGAAGGGGUCAGAUGAAGACCAUCAUACAAACUUUCCUUCUCUGAAUUCCUCAUUUAUAUUUAACCCAGGUAACCAAGGGAUGCACACAAAAAGGAAAGCAUUGGAUUUUAAAAGGUGGACAAUAAUUUCUCCUUUCCAAAAACCAUCUUCUCAACUGAAAGAAAAAAUGAACAAUAUUUCCAACAAAAUAAGGAAUGGCUCAAAUAAAAGUAAUGUUUCAGCCACUUACAAGAGUGAAGUUGAAUCAAUUUCAAUGGCUGUUUCUAAUGAUUUUACAGAGCUAGACUAUCAAAUGUACGAUCUAAAAGACUGCUACGGCCUCAGAGAAACUGAUAUUUAGGUGUAAUUAUUUGUUAGUGUUAUUAUUUUCCUUACAUUUGUAGGAUUGAUUGGAAUGCAGUAUACUGUGCAAAACAAUUAUGGCAUAUGUACAAAAACUGGUAUUACUAUACUGAUUGAAAAUCCAAGAGGUAAAAGUGGUUUGACCUGGUUGAAUUCAUGGUGUUA